AUCGCCUCGGCUUCAUCGCAGCACUCUCCCACCUCCUCUGUCUGAGCACCCCUCCCUGCCUCUCUGUCUAGCACCAUGGCGGAAUCCCAGUCGGCCCUCCUUCUCCGCAAGCAGCUUCGAGACCUCAACAAAAACCCCGCCCAAGGAUUCUCCGCUGGCCUGGUUGACGACAGCAAUGUCUACGAGUGGGACGUGAUGAUUGUCGGACCCGAAGGCACGCUCUACGAGGGCGGCUUCUUCAACGCCCGCCUGUCCUUCCCCGAAUCCUAUCCGAUGAUGCCGCCCACGAUGAAAUUCACCAGCGACAUGUGGCAUCCCAACGUGUAUCCCAACGGCGAUGUCUGCAUCUCCAUUCUCCACGCCCCAGGCGAUGACAAGUACGGCUACGAGCAGGCGUCGGAACGAUGGCUUCCUAUCCAUACCGUCGAAACCAUCAUCAUCAGCGUGAUCUCGAUGCUCAGCAGCCCCAACGACGAAUCGCCCGCCAACAUCGAGGCAGGAAAAGAGUGGCGAAACGAUCCCGUUCUCUUCAAGAAGAAGGUGCAGCGGAUUGUCCGAAGGAGCAUAGAGGGUUAGGUUGCGGGAUGAUGACUGAACAGGCAAACACCCCCCAGAUGAAGCAGCGAGGGAGGCCCACCGACCAUCCCUUCUGUAUAUUUGAGCUUGUCGUCGAUGACCGUGGGAAUUUGUGGUUUACUUCUGGCGUGGCUGUUUAUGUUCCUACUUUUCGUGUACACAACUUCCACUUCACUCCCUAUCUUUGCCUCUCUUUUCGACUCUGUGCUUCUUUCCUAUCCAUUCAUACCUUUGUACUUUGUAUUGAGCGUAUUUAUAUUUAUGCGAGAUCCCGACCCCCUCCCUCUUGCUCGUCUGGCGAUUCCCUUUUGCUGCUUUGAAGAAGCGAAAUAGAUCCACUCUGUUUUCUCUCUGCCCA